AUGGCGAACGUCCCGAGGCGCGCGCCGCUCGGGACGUUAUCAUUCAAUCGCGAUGACGACCAUCACACGGUCGCGUCGACGUCGUUCGCAUCGCCGGCGUCGAAAUUCGCCGGUCGCUCGACGGCGUCGCUCGACGACGACGGGGACGCGUACGCCGUCGCGAGCGUGAACACGCCGGAGAUGUGCGCCAUGGCCGACGGACGCGUCGGGUCCAGUCACGAGAUCGCGCUGUCGCUCGUCGUCGAGCGCGAUCGAGCGAUCGAGCGCGAACUGGAGAUGGCGGCGUUCGCUCGCGCGGAGGCGCGGCGAUGCGACGAGACGACCAGGGCGUUGGUCGCGGACGUCGAGGAUUUGACGGUCGCGUUGGGGGAGACGGACGCGCACGUCGCGCGCAUGCGGUGGUUGUGGGCCAUACGCGCGGUGGUGAGCUUGGUGCGCUGGGAUCGUGAGCGGCGGGAGGCGAGGAAGGCCAAGGCGAAGGCGCGCCGAUUGGCGACGCAGUUGGCGCGGAUAGAAAAGUACAUCGCCACGGCGGCGUGUGAUUUCGACGAUUUGAACGCCAAGCUCGUGAAAGAGGCGAAUGAUGCGAAGAUGGCGCGCGCGGAGGCGCGGGAGGCGUGGGAGAUGCUCGCGCGUGAACGCGCGGCGCGCGCGGAGUCUCCGGCUGAGUCUUCGGCGGCGCUCGCGCCGCCGGCGAAUCCGUCGACACCUCCGGCGCGGCGCGCGGCGAACGCGCGAAGACGUGAGGCGAAAGAUGCGUGCGCCUCGGUCGCGGCGCACGUCGAAAGUCUUCUCGCGAACUCACCUUCAAAGCAGCUGAAUCAGCUCGCGCUCGCGCAGCGCGAAGCCGCCGACCGCGCUCGCGCGACGCUCGCCGAUCACCCACGCACGAGUGACGGUGCGUUAGACCCCAAAGACGUCGUCGCUCUCAUCGCCGUUCACGCGCUCGAGCGGUGCGCCGAGCGCUCCUCGAGCGACGGGCGGCGCGCCUUCGCCCGAGCCGCCAAGCGCUUCGAAACCGUCGCUCGCGCGUGCGUCGCCGGCGACGACGCCGCGCCCCUCACCGCUGCCGCAUCGUCAUCGCGCGAAACUUAG